CGUCGGUCUGUGUAUGCUGAGCUGACUGGGAGAAGGUGGGAUCUAGCUACUGGUGGUAGUGGGCGAGUAAAGCGUGUACGUGCGAAUCGUGCAGACUACCAACGGCGACUGCGAUUGCCAGUGACGUGAUUUCUCCUGAAACCACAAACUCUUUCUUCAACACAGUUUACCCACUACGUGUUAUUUAUCUUAUUUUGUAUCGUCAUUUUGGGUGCGUUUGCCACUGAGAUCCAGCUAGUUUCCCGUCUAUCACCAUCCACAUCGCACUCAGGCGGAGCGGAGACGGGACUGUGUGAUGAGGAGCUCGCCCUGCAGCUGGGGUUUGCAUAACGUUGAUAUAGUGUGUUUUUUUUCUUCGGGACAGCUUUCAGUUUGGGUCCACGUUUUGCCUUUUUAACGCCCAGGUUGUGUGAAGACACACACCGCAGAAGAAUAAAAGCUACUACAGGGGCUGGGGGAAUCGCUGAUCUAUCCCGACUUUUCUGCUCAGCAUGAAGGCACCACUUGGGGGAGCUGAAUGACUCCAGAUUGAAGCACCCAUCUGACAGCUGAUAUUAGUUGGGACUAUCCAUGAGCUCCGAUUUCCCACAUUACAGUUUCAGGAUGCCAAAUAUAGGGUUCCAGAACCUUCCCCUUAAUAUCUACAUUGUGGUGUUUGGGACAGCCAUCUUUGUCUUCAUCCUCAGCCUCCUCUUCUGCUGCUACCUAAUAAGGUUACGACACCAGGCGCACAAAGAGUUAUAUGCAUACAAACAAGUUAUUCAGAAGGAAAAGGUCAAAGAGUUAAAUUUGCAUGAGAUAUGUGCAGUGUGCUUGGAGGAGUUCAAACAGAAAGAUGAGCUGGGGAUUUGUCCAUGCAAACACGCCUUUCAUAGGAAGUGCCUCAUUAAGUGGUUGGAGGUGAGGAAAGUGUGCCCGCUGUGCAACAUGCCCGUCUUGCAGCUCGCCCAGCAGGCUGGCAGUACAGAUCCUCCUGUGCCCGUUGAGCAGCCUUUGCCUGGCAUCGAGAACCUGGUGUAGCAGAGUCAAGAGUCCACUUUCACAGUACACAACAAAACACACAAACAAAUCCCAACACUCAUGGUCUCUCCUGUACAUGUACUCUUUGGUAUGAGUGUGUGGACAGACAGGAGAAACUGGAACUGCUGCACAGGUAUUCACAAAAACUGUGUUUCCGCAGCUUUCGUCAGCUCGCCAUUUCCUUGCAUUGGUUUAAAAAAGGACUUCCGUACAUCAGCUCUGACUGAUAAUCAACUCUUCUCGUGGUUUUUCUCUUCAUGGAAAAUGAAGUCAAGUUGGUCCAGAAGAAGUUUCCUUUUUAACUUUUUCACUACCAAAGCACUUUUCUGGGGAAACCAGCGAAAGACCAGGAGGAAGAAAUCACAAAAGCCAAGAACGUCAGUACACUAAAAUAUUAAUAUUAUUAUUAUUUUUGUUUCUUUUUUCUUUAACAAGCACUUUAUGAGAAUUCAACCCUUAAUUGCUUGUGGAUCUUAGUCCCAAGUUCAUGUUUUAUAUUUCACCCUUAACUAUUAUUUCUGUGUACAGUGCAAAUCAACAUAGUUUUUUUUUUUUUUCUCUCAUUUUAAACUGCUAAACUUUGAUUUAUUUUUAACACAAGUACAGAUAUAUCUCAAAGGGACAAUAGCACAAUCUGAUGGUAGAUGUCAGGAAGUGUGAACAGUGUUUGUGUACAGAUUGUGCACCUGCACACCAGAAAUUAAACUCAGAGCAACCUUGAGACGUUUUGUCUGACUAAAUGUGAAAUGAUUGAAUGUACUGGAAACAGAAGCAGUUGUACUCUCACACCCCAGACAUUACUUCAGAUGUUUACUUUAUGGAAAAAUAAAUAAAAUAAAAUAAAAACAUUCAGGACCACUCCAGCACAAAGUUACAAAGAUGGUCUAAAGCCGUAUUAAUGCGCACAUCAUCAGGAUUUAUCUCUGAUCUGUUUCACAAAUAAAAAAUUCAGGAACGUUUAACCAAAUCUUCGAGGUGACUUGAAUGUUCCAGUUUGUCUUUGCUCAAAUGCCACAUUGGUUUAUUAUGUCGAAGUUACGGUGGCUUGCUUUGGGUUUCCGCUGAGACAUUUCACAAAACAAAUGCCAAAACUCCUGGUUUGGUAUCACAUGUCCUGCAACACCAUGACUGUUGGUUCAUAAUAGAAACUCAUCAGAAAAAAACGUCAUUGAAAUGUGCUGCAUCCUCACCUGCAAUUAGUUUUGCUUCUACUUAGAUAUUUUACUUCUAUUUAUUGUUAUGUUUUAAUCAUUUCUUGGUACUGCUGCAUCAAGAGAAUGAGUUAGAUUGGCCCCUGCACCACAACUAAGGUCUUCAGCUUAUCAUCAGCCUCUUUCAGUUGACAUACAUGGAUGAGGGGAGCAGUGCGUGCUGCCCCUCAGUUACAUGACCAAUAGUCGGUGGUCAGCAGGUUGUAAUGAAACAGCAUUUUCAUUCAUGCAGACACACACAUACAGGGCAGUUCAGUAUUCUGGAGCUUUCGCCUCUCCGCCUCUUUCUGUACGGUACAGAGUGCUUUUGUUUGGUCACACGCCUUUUUUUUUUUUUUUUUUUGUCCUUUUGCUAGCCAGUAAAUUUCUUGUUGCUGAUUUUAAAAGGUGGCUUUUGAAAAGCUUUACAACAGA